GCACAAAUGGAUGAGUUUACAAUUCUCGUACCUCAGUUAACUAUAUUGCCUGGUCCAUCCAUAUGCUCCAUCGUCUGGGACGAGGGAGUCUCUGUCAUCCUCAAAUCAGCCUACCAAUUCGCACAAUAACGACCGUACCUAAGACGAUUCCAGGCUUUCUCAACACCUGGGAUCCGUCUAGCCAUGGAACUCUACGUGCUGCGAGAACCGCAAAGAGACAGAAGGUCGAUGGCAGAGAUGCAGCAAAGGAUGCCAUUCGGAGAGCUGUCCGAAAGGAAAUACGAAAUAAGGACAAUGUAACAAUUACUGGCAACUUCGCUCGGACCGAUGCGGUUAGGCGACUGAACUAUUGCCUUUUACUUGUGGACUCUAAAGGAUGCAAUGACGAUGUUCGCUCUCGGGUUUGGAGAGCAUAUUCCUUGGCGAAAAGAACGUACCCCCAACUUCCUCUCGAUAUACCGAACCGAGCCUGGGACAUACUCUGGGCCACACAAUCGAUUAAAUCAAUGAGAAAUCGCUCACGAGACCCGCACCUUUGCGAGCUGUAUCGAGACAUGCGCGCAACCGGAAAACCAACAACUGUCAAACAACGAAUCGCAUAUUUGGAAGGCAUGUUCCUCACUGGGGAGGAAGAGAAGGCAUUGAAGGAAUGGGAGGACGACUACGAUCAGUCAAAUAACCAGCUGCGGCACGACUUCAAACCGGAGCACCUUGAAGCUGGUGCGAGGAUGUAUGCACUGGCUGGUAAUGCGGAUAGAGCACGAGGUAUCAUGGACGAGCUCUUCGAGCUUUACCCUGAUUGGGACCCGACCAUUAUAAUGGCUGUCUUCAGGGCUCAUACUCGAUCCGAUUUAGCAGAGCACCAUGACAUUGCUCAAAAAAUGUAUUCGAGAAUGAAAGACGUCCUAGGGGACCGUGUCACUCUUAGGGAUUAUGAUAGUUGGUUUGUGGGAUUUCUGGAGGCUCGCCAUCUUUCGUACUCUAAAAAGGUCUUCAAAGAGAUGGUCACACAUGGAUUCAUCGCUCGCGAUUCUUCCCAGACUGAAAUCAACGAGGUUCUCCGGAGACUGCACCUUCUCUAUCGCCUUGGAACCGAUAUCGAGAAAAUGUCCAGCAUCGCCCUCCAGGCCAUUACAAUACUACCUCCGUCUUACCGAUUUCACUUAUUUGGCGAUUGGGUCAAGUCCGCAGCUGUCAACAAGGCACCCGAGGCCGCAGCACAGAUCUUAGAGAUGAUGAUGAAACGCGGAUACGAUCCGCAAACCUUCCACUUCAACCUUCUUCUAAAGGCCCUGUUCCGUUCAAAAAAGAAACCAAACGAACUCAAAGCAGAAAAUAUGGCGUGGCGAAUGAUUGAGGCGUACAGGUCGUGGUCUGAGCCUGCACAUUCUCUUUCGGCCGCUGACGCCAUUUCCAAGCACACACACUUAUUGAACAACAGGCCUUCGACUUCAGAGCUUGAUUGGAAAACCCCCCCAGCCAACGUCACAACAUUCGCCCUUCUAAUGCAAUGGCACGCCAACCAUGCGCAGUGGGAACACGUCGACUAUCUUACGCGAUGGUUGAGAGACUCAAAACUCGCCCCCAAUACGGCAGUCAUGAACAUUAUGCUAGAGAAUCAGUGCCGACAAGGGAAAUAUAAUGAAGUCUGGAACAUAUACCGUUCAUUAGCCGACGUACUGAAACCGCCGGUUGGAGGACGACUCCCUGGAGUUUUUCCUGACGGUGCUACCUUUAGAUGCCUGUGGAAAACUUUGCGGCUUGCCCUCGGCGACCACGAAACACGGCAUAAUAGCACCCUUCCAAGUUCGCGCGACCUACUCAAAGAAACGCUCUGUUGGUGGGAUCUCGUACGUAGCAGACACGACGCCGAACGGUUUCGAAUUGGGUUGGCUGCUUCAAACCAAGGUGCACUCAACACAUUAGUAAUGCAUUGCUUCAGCUAUGAUAACGAUCUCACUGGCUCGCUUGUCGCCAUGCACGUGUUCAGAAAGAAGUUUGGUCUCUUCCCAUCGAACAAGUCAGCUCAGAUUUUGCAGAACCAGAUUGCCUGGGUGGAUGCGCGGCGAUCCGCCUCGACGAGUCGGAGACAGCACCAAAAUGGCGUCUUCAAGCGAGAUGUUGAGAAAAUGGCCCGCGUUUACCAUAUGCUCAUGCAGAAACGAUUCGAACGAACGAACAUGACGGGACAGCAGUUUUCUUAUCUGAGCGAGGCAGAAAUCGCCGACAUGAACCUUAAUCUAUUGUCGGAAUUCGUUCGCGUGAUUUUAAAACGAAAACACACUCCCGAAGUCGUUGAGGGUAUGAUUGACCAAGCAAAGGCAGAGCUUGGUUUCCCAGAGAUGAAGAUCGGGGAUCUAGAUGCGUACAGUGUCGCUUGAGAUUCGAUCACAUCAUCCUCUAUUCUAUCACGCCUAUAAGCUUUUUCUGCUUCUACUACUUACAUAACUAGCAUUUCUUUCUUUAAAUUCUCUUCUUGUACGUCAUUGUGCAUCGAGGCGGUGUUCUGACCCGCCUCUUAGUUAUAUAGAGCGCUGUCCGAUUAGGAAACUCAAAGACAUAUAUGGACGGUGUUGGCUGGCAAGGGGGUCCCUCUUACACAUGAACAUAGCGGUUGUAUUUGUAUAACUACUUGUGCGAUACCCAACCCUCCUCCCGCGUAUCUGAAAGGGACGCUUCAUCCUAAUCUAACUCCAAUCACUCUCUCACGAAAGUCUCUUCGAAGUCAAGGCCAAUUGUGGCUGUCAUCCGCGGA